AUGCCUCCCUCAAAGCCAAAACCUUCAGAAAUUGCUGCUGAAGCUAAGAAGACUUAUAUUCCUUACAUUCGUAGUGCAUGUCCACAGUGGCCAACUACUUCGUAUUUAUGUCAUUCGGAUUCUUUACGAGACCAGCAAAUUAGAGAACCAAGGCAGUACACAUUUGCUUUCUUGGAACGGGAUCCUGUGGACCUAGCUCUUGAAUGGACAGCCAGCGAGAAUAAUCGCCCCAUUCCCGUCAUCAUGCCAGCACAUGAAAGGCGGCCUGGUGGUGAUUGGGAAGCUGGUGUCAUGCAACCUGAAGAGUGUUUAGCCAGACGAAGCACUCUCUAUACUUGCUUGACUACUCCAGCAUCAGACAACAUUACCUCAAAUAACUAUCCCAUUCCGGAACGAGCUGGUAUAAUCUCUCAGAACGUUGUUGUUUUUCGUAAUGGACCAGAAAAGUAUGAACCUUGGUCAGAAUACAAAUGUGAGUUCUCAAGCUAUCAACGUAAGAGAUUUAUGUUGACAAGUAAUUCAGCGCUGCCAAUAAUCUCCGUUCCUACCGUCAAACGUCCUAAGCUUGACAGCUCCGGCAAAAAGUACUCCUUCAAAACCGAACGCGAAUUAAUGAAAGCGUCCAUCAAAACUGCCUUAAGAAUUGCAAUCUUCUAUGGAUAUGAUAAGAUUGUGAUCGGAACAUAUGGACUUGGCCCAGGCUUCAAGAACCCUCCAGAGGAAGUUGCAAACAUCUGGCGCGAGGUACUGGUCCGCGACGACGAAUUUAAUCAGCAAUUCUCGGCCAUCAUAUUUGCUUUUGAGCCAUGUGAAGGUCCCGGAGGUUCCACAAGCAGCUCAAGCUCUUCAUCGAAAAGCUCGAAGUCGUCAAGCUCAAGUAGCAAGACUUCUUUCACCCAUGAGCUUGACAUUUUCAGGCAAACAUUCAAACCAGCAAAUCUCCACGGCGCCUUCAAGUCUUGA